AUGUGUUAUCUAUCUUUCUGUCUAUCUAUCACUUAUUUUCAUCUAUCUAUCUAUCUAUCUAUCUAUCUAUCUAUCUAUCUAUCUAUCUAUCACCUAUUUUCAUCCAUCACUUAUUUUGAUCUAUCUAUCUAUCUAUCUAUCUAUCUAUCUAUCACCUAUUUUCAUCCAUCACUUAUUUUGAUCUAUCUAUCUAUCUAUCUAUCUAUCUAUCUAUCUAUCUAUCUAUCUAUCUAUCUAUCUAUCACUUAUUUUCAUUUAUCUAUCUAUCUAUCUAUCACUUAUUUUCAUUUAUCUAUCUAUCUAUCUAUCUAUCUAUCUAUCUAUCUAUCACUUAUUUUCAACUAUCACGUAUUUUCAUCUAUAUCUAUUUAUGUAUCUAUCACUUAUUUUCGUCUAUCACUUAUUUUCAUCUCUCUAUCUAUCUAUUUAUCUAUCUAUCACUCAUUUUCAUCUAUCUAUCACUUAUUUUCAUCUAUCACUUAUUUUCAUCUAUCUAUCACUUAUUUUUAUCUAUCAUUUAUUUUCAUCUAUCUAUCUAUCUAUCUAUCACUUAUUUUCACCUAUCACUUAUUUUCAUCUAUCUAUCUAUCUAUCUAUCUAUCUAUCUAUCUAUCUAUCUAUCUAUCUAUCUAUCACUUAUUUUCAUCUCUCUCUCCCUCUCUCUCACUCUCUAUCUAUCUAAUCAUUUCACUCUAA